AUCGAAGAUAAUCAAGUUCGAUUAAGGAUAUUUACUUUAGAGAUUAUUAUGAGUAAUUCAGUAAGUACUUGUUGUUUGUUGUUUGAUAGUUCCAUUACUGUACCAUAAUUAUUGCUUUUCUUAACCUUAUAUAUCUUUAUCAUAUUUAAUUGUAGGGAGAUUUUGGCGAGAAUGAGGGUGACAAUUUUGAUUACACAUCAUUGUUCAUAAGCGAUGUUGUUUAUGAUACCCAUGUCGAAGCUUGUGCGGCGGCAAAGGAGAUUGCCCAAAGAAAUAGGUUUUUCUUGGUUGUGGAAUCAACCAAGAAAAAUUAUGGAGAAGACUAUCCGCGGAUAUAUAUGGAUUGCAACCAUGGUAAGAGGAGCAAAUCAUAUACCCCAGAUUUGGCAAAGACAAGACGCAUAUCAAAAUCAGGCAAGCAAGGUUGUCAGUUCCGAGUGGUAGUGCGGAGUUCAUUGGUAGAUGGCAAAUGUAAGUGGAGAAUUUUGGGUGUUACGGACAGAUAUGGGAAGCCAAAGGGAUUUCACAAUCACAAAUUGGAAGUUUAUGCUGAAGGAAGCAAGCAAAGGAAUGCUCUUUCAAAUGAGGAAAAGAUUGAAAUUAAGGAGCUGGAGGCAACACAUACUCAGGCGAAAGAUAUAAGAAGUUUUAUAAAUAGGAAGUUUGAUGCUCAUCACAACAUGGAUCAGGUUUAUAAUGAGACAGCAAAGAUUAGGCGUGAGAGAUUGGGUGGUCUUUCCCCUAUGCGGUGGACAUUUAUAGAAGCUGACCGUCUUGGCUACUUCAUUGGAGUUGAUUUUGAUGAAGACCGUCGUGUUACUAGACUCUUCCUUUCCCAUCCGGAGUCUAUUAAGAUGUUGAGCGCAUGGUAUUUUGUUAUUUUGAUAGACUCGACGUACAAGACCAACAAGUAUAAGCAACCACUGGUUCAGUUGAUUGGUGUUAGUCCGGUGAAGAAGAACUUCAACAUAGGGUUCGCAUUGGUUUCAGAUGAGACAAAGGAGACAUAUGCUUGGGUAUUGUCGCAAUUGAAGAAUGUUCUUGGUGGUCGAAGACCAGAUGCGUUCGUCACCGAUAAGGAGGGCGGGUUGGGUGUAUCCGUGCGUGAGAUCUUUCCAUCUUCAGCUCAUUUACUAUGUGUGUGGCACAUGAAGAAGAACAUUGAAGCCAAGAUGAUGUCUCUCGGGAUAAGUCGAGAAUCUGCAGAGGCGUUUGUAGCAGGGCCUUGGCAGACACUCAUGAAUGCCAACACUCAGGGAGGGUUCCAGCGACGGUGGGUAGACUUGCAAACUAGUGAUUGGGGUAAAAACCCACGCUUCAUGAACUACUUGAGGGGUGAGUGGAUACCAUGUGCGCAAAGGUGGGCUCAUUGCUACACCAAUCGUGUUUUCCAUAUUGGUAACACGAGCACAAACAGGGUAGAGUCAGCUCAUUCUUCCUUGAAGAAAUGGCUUGCCAGUUCGACCCACAAGAUCGACACACUCUUUCUCAGAUAUCACACAUCCAUUGAGGGAAAAGUGACUGAACUAAGAAAGGAAUUAGAGGAUUCGCGUUUGAAGGUAUUUAAAUUAGCUGACGGUCCGCCAUAUGGUCACUUGAAUAUGAAAGUAAGCUUGUGGGCAAUUGAGUCGUUGAUGAAAGAACGAGCAAGAGAAAUUGUUCAGCGAUGUGGAUGUCGGCUACAUGAGACACAUGGUUUGCCAUGUAAAUGUAAGAUGGAUGCACUUAGUGAUGUCGGCAUGGAGUUACACCCUCACCACUUACAUCGAUUCUGGUCAUCUUUGGUGUAUGAGAGUCCUCCUGAUGGUGCAAAAUGGGAGGACCAUUAUGCCACUGAGCGUGGAAUUUUUGCAGCCAUGGUGGAGGAUGUGUACAGGCAAGGACCAGCUGCUGUUCGGAAGGCAUCUCAAUUACUACUCCCUCAUAUUCGUCCACAAGUUGCAGGCCUAUUAGAGCCUAGAGAGUCAGAGGCUCCAAAGGGACGACCACCAAAGAGGUCGAACACUAGAGAUCCUUCUUGGUUUGAGCAUGAGAGGACACGAUCGGCAAAGAGGAGCAAAACAAAUGAGAACACGAGAAAGACACACAAGACGACUCCUGCAGGUUAGCAAAAUUCUUAUCUUUUUAGUGUAAUCAUACUCCUUGGUAUGUAGCCGUUUACAGUAGUUAUUUUUUGUACCAACAGGAGGUGUCUCGAAAAGUCAGCAUAUGCAAGUCCACAAUGAGAGAAAUGUUUGUCCUUAUCUCCACUAUAUCCCACUUAGCGUCCGCCCUCUUCUUAGAGGUUGGUUUGACCCAAAACCAGACGGGCAAUGUGGUUUUCGAGCCAUGUCACAUGUGAUUUAUGGGGACGAGGAACACUACUUACAACUGAGGCAAAAACUUGCCACGGAAAUCAAUGAUCAUUGGCCUAUCUAUGAGGGGGUUUAUCUUUACAGAGAUGGAUCGUUGGAGGCAGCACGUCAUAGGCUAGAUCGUCGGACUGCUGGGAGUUGCACACGAGAGUAUUGGUUUGAGGAGGUGGAUUUGCUGACAUUCGCAACCAUAUACAACUGUGCAAUUGUUGUUUAUGGACUGUAUAAUGAACGAAACACGUAUGGGUACACAGUCUUACCUUUGACGGCGCCGGAAGGGGUCACUCAACCUAGUUAAGUUAUAACUCUUGUUUUUACUGGGGCACAUUGGGUGCGACUAUAUUUUGGCGAAGUUGAUGGGGUCACACCACCAAUACCUCAUUUUAGUCCACAGUGGUCUCACUUUCGGGAUAUGCUAAGAAUUGCUGAUUGGGAUUUGUUAUACGAGGCUGGGCGACAAUUGUAUGUCGAUCUCGGAGGACAUCAUCCAGCCAAUGACGAUGACAAGAGUGAUUAAACAUUGUUGCAUUAUUUUUUUUAAAGAUUGAACAUUAUGUCGAAUUAUGGAUUUACCUUUGUGUCAUUAUCAAGUGAUUAUUAUUUUAUAUUCUUAUGGAUUUACCUUUGUGUCAUUAUCAAGUGAUUAUUAUUUUAUAUUCUUACAUAUAAAGAGGAUUGUAAUUAUCCAUUUUUGGAUGAAAUCAUAUUCUCUUGAAGCCCUACUUAUAGAUAUUAUUUAUUAAUAUACAAUUUAAGCAUUGAUUAUAGCAAUUCAUCACCAAUCAUAUAAAUUCAUCUCUAAUAACAAAUGUAGAUUAAUUGU